CACAGCAUCCACACUACUACCACUUCUUUUAUGUAUUUCUUUCUCUUUAUUUGUUCCUCUUUGCUUUGCAUCCCACACUGAAACCAUGCCAGAGGCUCCAAACAAGAACUUAACUGCUGAAAAAGACUCUGUUGUUGAGAAUUGCAAAGAAGAGAAAAACAAGAAGGCCCUUCAAUUCAUUGAAGAUGUUACUAGUAAUGCUGAUGAAGUUCAGAAGAGGGUUCUUGCUGAAAUCCUUUCUCGUAAUGCCGGUGUGGAGUACUUGCGAAGGCAUGGCCUUAACGGUGAAACGGAUCGUCAAAGCUUCAAGAAGCUGAUGCCAGUUGUCACAUAUGAAGAUCUGCAGCCAGAUAUCGAUCGAAUUGCUAAUGGUGAUACUUCUCCCAUCCUUUGUUCUCAAACCAUUUCUGAGUUCCUUACUAGCUCUGGAACAUCUGGUGGAGAGAGAAAACUGAUGCCAACAAUCGAAGAAGAGCUCGAAAGGAGAUCAUUGUUGUACAGCCUUUUGAUGCCAGUGAUGAACCAGUUUGUUCCUGGUUUAGACAAAGGCAAAGGAAUGUACUUUCUCUUCAUCAAAUCCGAAGCCAAGACUCCAGGAGGACUUCUAGCUCGUCCAGUCCUAACCAGUUACUACAAAAGCUCCUACUUUAAAGACAGACCUUUCGAUCCCUACACAAACUAUACGAGCCCAAACGAAACGAUUCUUUGCUCAGACUCUUACCAAAGCAUGUACUCUCAAUUGCUUUGCGGUCUCAUCCAAAACACUGAAGUUCUUCGAGUAGGCGCGGUUUUUGCUUCUGGGUUUAUCCGUGCCAUUCGUUUCCUCGAAAAAAAUUGGCCAUUUCUUUGUAACGAUAUCCGAACUGGAACAAUUGACGCCAGAAUCACUGACCUUUCGGUGAGAGAGUCCGUGAUGAAAAUUUUCGAAGCGAGUCCUUGUCUUGCAGAUUUCAUCGAGGCCGAGUGUAGUAGGGAGUCAUGGAAAGGGAUUAUAACUAGGUUAUGGCCUAAUACCAAGUAUAUUGAUGUUAUUGUGACUGGAACAAUGUCACAAUAUAUUCAAACUCUUGAUUAUUAUAGUAAUGGUUUACCACUUGUGUGCACUAUGUAUGCUUCUUCUGAGUGUUAUUUUGGUGUGAAUAUGAGGCCUUUGUCAAAGCCAAGUGAAGUUUCUUAUACCCUUAUUCCCACCAUGGCCUAUUUCGAGUUCUUGCUGGUGAAUAGGAAAAAUGGAGUCAUUAAUACUCUGUCGGAGCCAUCGUCGGACUCAGCCCUCAACCCAGAUGAACAUAACAAGUUGGUUGAUCUUGUUGAUGUUAAACUUGGACAUGAAUAUGAGCUUGUGGCCACCACUUAUGCUGGGCUUUAUCGUUAUCGCGUUGGAGACAUACUCCAAGUAGCUGGAUUCAAGAACAAGGCACCUCAAUUUAACUUCAUUUGCCGAAAGAAUGUUGUUCUAAGCAUUGAUUCUGACAAAACAGAUGAAGUUGAGCUUCAAAAUGCAGUCAAGAAUGCAGCUAACCAUCUUUCUCCAUUCGAGGCCUCCAUCGUAGAAUACACAAGCUAUGCCGAUACAUCAUCCAUCCCAGGACACUAUGUCCUAUACUGGGAAGUUGAACUAAGUAAUAGUGAUGCCCUAGUUCCUCCAUCAGUUUUUGAGGAUUGUUGCCUUACCAUUGAAGAAUCACUGAACAGUGUGUACCGGCAAGGUCGUGUAUCGGACAAGUCAAUCGGGCCUCUAGAGAUAAAAAUGGUGGAGAGUGGGACAUUCGAUAAGCUCAUGGACUAUGCUCUGAGCAAUGGUGCAUCAAUAAACCAGUACAAGACGCCCCGGUGUGUGAAAUAUGCUCCCAUUGUUGAGCUUUUGAAUUCUAGGGUUGUUUCAAAAUAUUUCAGUCCAAAAUGCCCCAAAUGGGCUCCUGGUCACAAGCAAUGGUGCACCAGCAACUGAAGAAGAGAGUGAAGGACUGAGUGAUGUUCUGGUAUAACACAAAGCCUAGGUAGUAGAUUAUUGUUACUUUUGUAGUUUAAAACCAUCUUAUGAUCUCUUCUUUUUAUUAGCUUAAUUGUUGUCUAGUGUGUCAAAAGGCAGUUCUUGUUCCAUGAUUUUCUUUUCUUUUUUAGUUUGUAACUUGUCAUCAGCGCAUUAAUUUCUCAGUUCCAUAGUGCCAUCUGUCUGAAUAGUGCAACACUGUAGCUUUGAUUAUGAUGCCAGAAGGAUUGAAGUUGACUCAAA